AUGGAGUCGCCACUCGAGAACAUGAACAUGAACUUCGCAGCCACUGCCAACCAGAUCUUCAGUCUGAUGAGCCUCGCCCACAGCCGGAGGCCGACGGGGCUGGGUGUCCUUUGCCACCCCAGCGCAUGUGCUCACGAACUCUCUUUCCAGAAGACGAAGUUUACGAGCGAAAGUGGCUUGAAGGCUCGUCGCAACUUGAAGUGGGGAGGCUUCGAGUCACUGGGAGGCGCUUCUACAAGCGUUCCAACUGUUGCAGCAUGGGGCUCGAAUCACCUCGAUGUGUUUGCUUUGGGUACCGACAGUGCAGCAUGGCAUAAAUGGUGGAAUGGCGGCGCUUGGAGUGGCUGGGAAUCGCAAGGCGGCAUCUUCGAGUCUCCAGUGGACGUCUGCAGCUGGGACCAUAACCGCCUCGAUUUCUUCGGCCUCGGUACUAAAAAUGCUGCAUUCCACAAGUCCUGGGAGGGAUCAAGGGUAUCUUCUUCCCUCACGCUAUCUUCCCUCGCGCUUGAGCCCCAAUUGCUAGCUCAAAGCUGUACAGACAUUUCUACUUCCUCAUCACAGUGCAGCGCGUAUGAACCUCUCGGCGGCAUCUUCACUUCCCCCGUCAAAUCAGUCUCCUGGGAACCAGAACGUCUCGAUCUAUUCGCAGCCAAAUCAUCGGGCCCUCGCGACCUCGCUGUGGUCGGACGAGGAACCGACAGUGCCUCGUGGAUCAAUCAGUGGAGCGGUUCCUGGACUGAGUGGCAGAGCCUGGGCGGAAACUUCAUUUCGGAGCCGAGCAUUGUAAGCUGGGGUCGAGGCAGAUAUGAUCUCUUUGGCAUUGGUAUCGACGGUGCGAUGUAUCACCGAUACUAUGCCAAUGGAAGUUGGUCUGCGAGCUGGGAGAAUUUAGGGGGCGUGUUGGUUUCGGCCCCGACUGCUGUGAGCUGGGGCGCGAACAGGCAUGACAUCUUUGCCCUGAGAACCGACGACGCUGUUUGGCACAACUGGUGGGAUGGCCCUGCGUGGGGAGGCUGGGAGAGACUUGACUGA